CCCGGCGUCCUGACCCGCCAUGGCGCCGCCGCUGUGCACGCUGCCGCCGGGCCCGGGGCCGCCCCGCUUCGUGUGCUUCUGCGAGGAGGAGCAAGACGGGCCUGCGGGCGGCGUCCACGUCUGCGUGACCGACGGCUUGCAGCUGUGGAGCACCUACUCGGCGCCGCACGGCCCGGCCGCGCGCGACGGCCCGAGCGCGGCCCAGGACAUCGUCGCCCGCUUCAGGGCAGCCUGCCAGCAGCAGGCAGUGACGCUGACCCUGCAGGAGGACGCGGCGGCCCUGACGCUCUCGGGGGUCCCUCCCGCCCUGGCCUUGGACCUGCGCAAGGUGCCCGCGGCAGAGGCAGCCCCCAGGCUGCAGGCGCUGACCCUGGGCCUGGCCGAGCGCGUCUGCAGCCUGGAGCGGAGCCUGGCAGGUAGGUUCCUCCCUCCCCACCUCCUCCAGUCGGAGGGUGCCUGCGCGCGCCCCCUCCCCUGGCAAUGGCGGUUUCCUUCCUCAGCUGUGGAGGCGGCGGCCGCGACCCCCAGCCCUAGGAAGAACCCUCGACCGGCAGGGCCUGGGCCCUUCCUCCAAGAUGUGGAGUCCCAGCGAGGCGUCCCCGGGCAGAGGGUCAGGAGGCGGUGUCCUGGGGAGUCCCUCAUCAACCCCGGCUUCAAGAGUAAGAAGCCAGCGGGCGGCGUGGACUUCGAGGACAGCUGAAGUGGCCACGUCCCGGG